AUGUUGCUGCCGCCAAGAUCGCCGCUGCUACUGCUGCUGGGGGCAACCCUGGGCUAUGCCCAGGGCGCCGCGACAGAGCCCACUCCCCAGAGAGUCCGGGCGUGGCAGGAUCAAGGAAUAUUCAUUAUUCAAAGCGAGAACCUCAAGAAGUGCAUUCAGGCAGACAAAUCUGUGCUGACCCUACAAAACUGCAACCCAUCCAACAAGAACAUGCUGUGGAAAUGGGUUUCAAACCACCGUCUCUUUAACAUUGGAGGUAGUGGUUGUCUGGGCCUGAAUUUAUCUAACCCUGAGCAGUCACUAAGCCUAUAUGAGUGUGAUUCCAACCAUAUCUCUUUGAAAUGGCGCUGUAACAGGAAGACCAUCACCACCAGCCCCCUCCAAUACAUGGUCCAGGCAGAGGAAGACAACACACUCGUGGCCUCAUUAAAAUAUCGUCAUAAGUGGAUUUCCUACAUGUCUAAUGGUGGAGGCAUUUGCGAAUACCUACACAAAGAUGUGUACACCAUCAAAGGGAAUGCUCAUGGGAUGCCAUGCAUGUUUCCCUUUAAAUUUAACCACCAGUGGCAUCAUGAAUGUACCCGGGAAGGAAGGCAAGACAACUUACUGUGGUGUGCCACGACAAGCCGAUAUGAAAGAGAUGAGAAGUGGGGAUUUUGCCCAGAUUCCACUUCUGUAGAGGUAUUUUGUGACACUGUCUGGAAAAAAGAUGCCAAUUCACACAUCUGCUACCAGUUCAACCUGUUUUCAUCUCUCACCUGGAGUGAGGCAUAUUCUUCAUGUCAGAUGCAAGGAGGAACUUUACUAAGUAUUGCAGAUGAUACUGAAGAAAAUUUCUUACGGAAGCACUUAAGCAAUGAAACAGUGGAAGUGUGGACAGGUCUGAAUCAGCUGGAUGAAAGUGCUGGCUGGCAGUGGUCGGAUGGGACAGCUCUCAGCUAUCUGAACUGGAACCCAGAAGUAAGUUUUGAGCCAUUUUUUGAAUAUCACUGUGGAACAUUUAGUUCAUUUCUGCCAAAUGCUUGGAGAAGUCGGGAUUGUGAGUCCACCUUGCCUUAUGUAUGUAAAAAAUAUCUAAAACACACUGAUCAUGAAGUGUCUGAUAAAGAUGUUUGGAAGUAUCAUGCUACCCAGUGUGAGUCUGGAUGGAAUCCCCACAAUCGUAAUUGUUAUAAACUUCAGAAAGAAGAAAAAACCUGGAAUGAAGCUUUGCAUUCUUGCCAGUCCAAUGGUAGCACAUUAAUGGAUGCAUCUUCAUUAGCAGAGAUCGAGUUUCUCAUAACCCUCCUUGGGGAAGAAAAUGCCUCUGAAGCAUGGAUUGGUUUGAGCAGCAGUAAAAUUCCAGUUUCCUUUGAAUGGGCUAAUGGCUCCUCAGUCACCUUUACUAAUUGGCACACACAUGAGCCCAAAACGUUUUCAAAUAGAAACCAGCUAUGUGUCUCAGCUGAGCAAACUGAGGGGCACUGGAAAGUCAAAAUUUGUGAAGAAAACAUUUAUUACAUUUGUAAGAAACCAGGCCUUGUUCUUUCUGAUGCUGCUUCGGGCUGUUUAGAGGGAUGGGAGAGACAUGGACUAUUUUGUUACAAAAUUGACACUGUUCUUCGAAGCUUUGAACAUGCCUCCAGUGGUUAUUACUGUCCCCCUGCACUUGUAAGCAUACAAAACAGAUUUGAACAGGCUUUUAUUACCAGUUUGAUCAGUAGUAUGGUAACAACUGAAGACAGCUAUUUUUGGAUAGGUCUUCAAGACCAAAACAAUACAGGAGAAUAUUCUUGGAAGACUGCAGGGUGGAAGUCUGAGCCGGUGCAGUACACACACUGGAAUGUACAUCAGCCCCGCUCCAGUGGUGGCUGUGUUGUCAUUCGAGGAAGCAGUCCUCCUGGUCGCUGGGAAGUGAAAGACUGCAGAAACUUUAAAGCAAUGUCCCUGUGCAAGCAGCCAGUGGAGGAUCAGAAGGAAAAUGAGCCUGAAUUUAAGUUGCCCUUUUAUUCUUGCUAUUUGGACUGGGAAUCAGAGCCUGGCCUGUCUAGUUGCUUCAAGGUAUUUAAUAGUGAAAAAAUCCUGAUGAAAAGAACAUGGAGAGAAGCUGAGGCAUUUUGUGAAGAAUUUGGAGCUCAUCUUGCAAGUUUUGCUCAUAUCGAGGAAGAAAAUUUUGUGAACAAACUUUUGUAUCUAAGAUUUAAUAGAACAGAAGAAAGACAGUUCUGGGUUGGAUUUAAUAAAAGAAACCCGCUGAGUCCUGGUUCUUGGAAGUGGUCUGAUGGAACCCCGGUUGUCUCUUCAUUUUUAGACAAUACUUAUUUUGAAGAAGAUGCAAGAAAUUGUGCUGUCUAUAAGGCAAAUAAAACACUGCUGCCCAUGCAUUGUGGUUCCAAACGUGAAUGGAUAUGUAAACUUCCAAGAGAUGUGAAACCCAGUAUUCCAUCCUGGUAUCAGAGUGAUGGACCCUGGCUCUUUCAUCAUAAUGCAGAGUACCUUUUUUAUACCUAUUCAGAAAACUGGGACAUUGUUCUGUUUGCCUGUCACUGGACAGGAAGUGAAAUUCUAACAAUUAAUUCAGCACAUGAGCAAGAAUUCAUCCACAGCAAAAUAAAAGCGUUAUCAAAAAAUGGUGAAAAUUGGUGGCUUGGAUUUCAAGGAGAAAACAACAAUGAUGAAUUUCGUCAUUGGGCAGAUGGAUCACCAGUAAUAUACCAGAAUUGGGACAAUGAAAGAAAAGAAGCUAUGCAUAAUCAGAGCCAGAGAUGUGGUUUCAUUUCAUCAAAAACAGGACUCUGGGGUAUUGAAGAUUGUUCAGUUCCUAUGUUUAGUGUCUGUAAACGAAAACAUAUUUGGGGCAUCGAGAAAAAGAAAACUACACCAAAACAUCAUGGAACCUGUCCCAAAGGAUGGCUCUAUUUUAACUUUAAGUGCUAUUUGGUGAAAAUCCCCAAAAACUCAACAGAUUCGAAGAACUGGAUGUCUGCUCAAGAUAUUUGUGUUAAAGAAGAGGGGAUGCUAGUUGCUAUUGAAAAUGAGAUAGAACAAGCUUUCAUUACUAUGAAUCUUUUUGGCCAGACCACUAACAUGUGGAUAGGGUUAAAAAGUGAUGAGUAUGAAAAAUGGCUGAGUGGAAAGCCUGUUACAUAUUCUAAUUGGUCUCCAUUUGAUGUAAUAAAGAUUACAAGUCAUAACACCACAGACGCUCAAAAUCACACUCCUCUCUGUGCCUUGCUGUCAACUAAUCCUAACUUUCAUUUCACUGGAAAAUGGUAUUUUGAAGACUGUGGUAAAGAAGGUUAUGGGUUUGUUUGUGAAAAAAUGCCAGAUACUUCGGGACAUGGUAUAAGCACAUCUGAUAUUUAUGUAAUCCCCAAAACUUUAGAAUACGGAAACAGAACAUACAAAAUAAUUAAUGCAACUAUGACUUGGCAUACAGCAAUGAAAGCCUGUCUGAUGCAUGGGGCAGAACUAGUCAGCAUUACCAAUCAGUAUCAACAGUCCUUCCUCACUGUUAUCCUUAACAAGCUUGGACAUGCCCACUGGAUUGGACUGUUCACUGCAGACAAUGGCCUUAAUUUUGACUGGUCAGAUGGCACAAAAUCCUCCUUCACUUUUUGGAAAGAUGACGAGUCAUCCUACCUGGGUGACUGUGUUUUUGCAGAUACCAGUGGACGCUGGAGUAGUACAGCCUGUGAGUCAUUUCUGCAAGGAGCCAUUUGCCAUGUGCCCACUGGAACAAAAUCGCUUGAAUACCCAAAGUUAUGCUCAGAAUCAUCUAUUCCCUGGGUAAAAUUCAAAAGUAAUUGCUACAGUUUUUCCACAGUCCUGGAAAGUACAAGUUUUGAGUCUGCUCAAGAAUUUUGCAAAAAGGAAGGGUCUAGUCUUUUAACAAUCAAGAAUGAAGAGGAAAACUUAUUUCUUCUAGAAGAACUUUCUACUUUUGGUUCUUCUGUCCAGACGAUUUGGUUGAAUGCUCGGUUUGAUGAUAACUAUGAAACUACAAUGUGGUUUGAUGGCACUCCCACAAACCUGUCAAAUUGGGGCAUUCGCAAGCCAGAGGUGGACGACAUCAAACCCCAUCUGUGUAUUGCCUUGAAAAUCCCCGAAGGAGUGUGGCAGUUAUCUCCAUGUCAGGAGAGAAAAGGAUUCAUGUGCAAGAUGGCAGCAGAUAUUGACACAGUCAAGGAAGAUGCAAGUAAAGGACCUAGUCACAGCAUUGUACCACUUGCAGUUGCAUUAACUGUGAUAAUAAUUCUGGCAAUUUCCACACUUACCUACUGCGUAUAUAAACACAGAAAUGGUGUCCUCAGAAGACUUGGAAAUCUUUACUCUCCCACAACUAACUUUAGUGUACUAAAUUUGGAAGAAAAUGUACUCAUUCCUGAUACGGAAAAGAAUGAUCAAUAGUAAUAAAGUCAGAGAAUGCUACAGCUAUAAGGAUAAAUAAAGACUAUAAGGGGAAUUUCA